AUGGAUGCCGACGAAUUGAAAAAAGAAGGAAACAAAGCGUUUUCCAAUAAAGAGUACAAGAAAGCUGCCAAAUUAUAUCGGGAUGCUAUUAGGACCAAUCCUCAAAAUCCUGUACUUUAUUCCAACAGGGCAAUGUGCUUCAUCAAGCUCGAAGAUUGGAAAAGGGUGAUAUCAGAUUGUGAAAAGGGACUAUUGUUU